AUGUUUAUUUAAUCUAACACACGUGACGAAAAGGCAUAACGGUCUCAGACACACCGCUGCUGAGCCUAAUCCUGCACGUCAUCAAAGAGGGACAGUGUAGAGCAACAGCAACAGCGACAGCGUGGAUGGAAGUGUUAUCGGAAGAUAGCCUGUUGUUUUUUAUUAUUAUUAUUUUAAAUUUACUUUUUAUUCUGGACUUUAAGACUUCCUAGGACAUAUAACUAAAAAUUAUCUAAGUUAAACAAUGUGUCAGGUUGAAGAAGAGUACAGCGGCCCGUUAGAAAAGACGUCUCUACCGACGGUCUCCAAGAAAUGUAUGAAGUGUAAAGAGAGCACUGCAGUGCUGAUUAUCCGCGUGGGAGAUGCCUUUUGCAGGGAUUGCUUCAGAGAAUAUUUUGUACACAAAUUUCGAGCAAUGCUGGGGAAGAAUCGUGUCAUCUUUCCUGGAGAGAAGGUGCUACUGGCUGUUUCUGGUGGGCCAGCAUCUAGUUCCAUGUUAACACAAGUUCAAGAGGGUUUAAGUCGGGAUGCCCCCAAGAAGCUCAGAUUUGCACCAGGCAUUAUCUACAUAGACGAGGGUGGUGCCUGUGAUCAGAAUGCUGAGGAGAGGGAGAAGACUCUGUCUCAGAUGGAGGCUAUCUUUAGAAAGACAGGAUUCCCUUACCACAUAGUCUCGCUAGAGCAGGUCUUCAGUCUGCCCAACUCUGUGCUGGAGCCUGUUUCCUGUGGCCCAGAGAGGCCAGGCUCCAGCUAUAAAGCAGCGGUAGAUCAAUACCUCCAGCAGAAGGAGGUGAACCAGAGGCAGGGGCAGCUGGCCACAGAGGAAGCCCAGGAUGCAGUGGCUCAUCUCAGUGUGCAGGCCUCCCAGGUUAGCCCCGAGCACAAACAGGCCCUGGAGAAACUCUUUUCUUCUUUGAAGACCCUGACAGCCAGACAGGACAUGCUGCAGACCCUGAGGCAGCACCUGAUUCUACACACUGCCCGGCUGAAUGGCUACUCCAAGGUGAUGAUGGGAGACAGCUGUACGCGGCUGGCCAUCAGAUUGCUCAGCAACAUCUCUCUGGGGAGAGGGGCAUCCCUGGCGGUUGACACGGGUUUCUCAGAUCCUCGGUAUGGAGAUGUGGUGAUCGUACGACCCAUGAGGGACUACUCCUCCAAAGAGAUCGCCUUCUACAACCGACUGUUUGGUGUGCGGUCGCUUUUCAUCUCGGGCCUGGGCACUAAGACUUCCGAUAAGGCAAGUAUCCAGCAGCUGACUGAGAGCUUUGUCAUCAAACUGCAGGCUGACUUCCCUUCCACAGUCAGUACCAUUUACAGAACAAGUGAGAAGCUCCACACUGCUUGUCCUCCUCAGACCUCCGGCGCUGUAGCUGCUGACAAGUGUCUUCUGUGUCUCUGCGCUGUGUGCAAUAAGGCAGACGCAGCCUCUGCUUCCCAUGCCAGCCUCAUCUCCGAGCGGCUGUCUCGGGGCGAGCUCGGGAUGGAGGCCAAGAUCGAUCCAGCCUCAUGCUGCCCCUCUGGGACCCUAGACCCAUUCUCCUGCCAGAGGGAGGGCCAGGGCUGUGGGGAAGGAGGUUCCUGCACUGCUGGGAGGGCACCUGCACCUGCAGACCUGAAGAGUCUCCUGUGUUACAGUUGUAGGCUUACUGUUAAAGACAUGGCAGCGGAGGACACUCUUCCCCCAUACAUAACGUCUGAGGCUGAGAAGCGCUGGAAUAGGGCUCAGUUGAAGGAGGAGGUCAGAGAGUUUCUAUUGGAGGAUGAAGAUGAAGAGGUGGGAUGAAGCUCACCAUUCACUGGCACGUUGCCAAGGAACAUCUGGCCUUUUGCACUCAACACCAGGCAGUCACUCUGAUCCUAUUCGAAGGGCUGCUUGGUUAAACCAUUUUAUUUAACUACAAAUCAAUGGCAGGUUUAUCACAUGCAAAUUAUGUGCAAGUGUGUCUAAUUAUGAAAGUAUACAGCUUGUUUUAUUGUGCUUUUUAUUGCCUUAAUAAAGUCCUGUUAUUUUAAA